ACAUUCAAAUGGCUUACAGAAUGUGUUUCAUUACCACAACAACAACUAUCGCCAAGAAUCGGAUGUCUUGUUGUUGUUUAGUCAAUAGAUUAGUUACAAUCAAUAGUUCAGUCAAUAAUAAUAAAAGUAGACGACAUGUGUCGACUACCACCACAACCAACAGCACUGGGAGGUCGUCACACCAAUCGGCGACCACUGGCCUUAACUUUGACAACACUCGCGAGGCAUUCAAAAGCAAGACAACCAGUCAAUUGUUACGGGCAUUGAUUGUAUUAAAACUGUGUCAGUACGAUGUCCUCGUUAAUAAUCAUACUAAGCUAAUAAAAAUUGGUCGAAAAGUUUUAGGCGAUUCGCUAUUUAAAUGGUUGUUAAAAAAUUCAUUUUAUGGCCACUUUGUCGCCGGCGAAGAUGAACAGACAAUCCGACCGACUUUGGAUCACUUGCGCUCGUUUGGUGUCAAAUCAAUACUCGAUUACAGCGCUGAAGAAGAUAUUACCGAAGAGGAAGCCAUUCACCAUGAGAUGCCAGAUCAAACAACUAAUUCAAACCACCAACAGAGCAAAGACGAAAGUUUAAAACAAUUUUCGCCGCAAAAAGAGUUUGCCGACCGACGCAAAUACCGACCAGUGGCCCGAACCUAUUUCUAUAUGAACGAAGCCAAUUGCGAGAAAAAUAUGACCACUUUUCUCAGAUGUAUUGAUGCAGUGGCCGGCGCCACACACGGCACCGGUUUUGCUGCGAUCAAACUGACAGCAUUGGGUCGUCCCGUACUGUUGUCGCAACUAUCGGAAGUGAUUGUCAGAACGCGAAAGUAUUUUACAGAGAUUACUGGCGUCGAAAAGAUGGUCAGAGGACACAUAUCACCGGAACAGUUCCAACAUGAUUUGGACCAUAGAUUCAAUAUUGAUACGGACAAUGAAGAGAUCAAGAGUUGGCUAAAACAAAUGGAUUACGACCGACGAGGACUAAUGAAUCUGUUUUCAUGGAACGGACUCAUAGAUAUGCAACACCUGAUUAGCGAUCUGUUUCGUGUACCGAAUCUGACCACUGGUCUCGUAGAGCCAAUUAUCCGGGCGCUGACAGCCGAGGAGGAAGAAAUGUUUAGAAAUAUGAUGCGCAGAAUUCAUACGAUUGCCAGCACUGCCCGCGAUCGGGACGUUCGGGUACUGAUCGACGCCGAACAGACAUACUUUCAGCCGGCCAUCAAUCGGAUUACUAUGGAAUUAAUGAGAAAAUAUAAUAAACAAAAAGCUAUUAUUUUUAAUACCUAUCAGUGCUAUCUAAAGAGUGCUCACGAGUGCUGUGUCGUUGAUCUAGAGUUGGCUCAGAGACAGAACUUUUAUUUUGGGGCCAAACUUGUUAGGGGAGCCUAUUUGGAACAGGAGAGACAUAGGGCACAGGUUAUCGGCUACGAUGACCCCAUCAACGAUACCUAUCAACUAACCACUGAUAUGUAUCACAAGAAUCUCGAAUUUUUUAUGAAUAAAAUUAUCGAAACGGGAAUCGAUAACAAAAAGAUUGCUAUAAUGGUUGCCACACAUAAUGAAGAUACUGUUAGAUAUACUUUAAAAAAAAUGAAAGAGUUGGAAAUUGAACCAAAUCAUAGAGUCAUAUGUUUUGGACAGUUAUAUGGGAUGUGCGAUCAAAUAAGCUUUUCAUUAGGACAAUCAGGUUAUUCAGUGUAUAAAUAUGUUCCGUACGGUCCCGUAGAUGAAGUAAUACCAUACCUGUCCCGUCGGGCCAUUGAAAAUCACGGAAUCAUUAAAAAUGCUAAAAAAGAGAGACAAUUGUUGGCCAGAGAGUUAGUUCGGCGCUUAAAAUGUGGUCAUUUAUUUUACAAACCAAUUGGAAAUUAUACACCCAUUUGAGCGCAUCAUUAUUAAACCAAAGAUUAACAAAAAUAAUAAUCAAUUGAUUCAUUAUUAACAAAAAAAAUA